AUGCCGAAACAGGAAAACGACUCUCCUGAAUUGCCCACCCCUUACGAGGCAACGGGGAUGGGUUCCAGCAUGCUGAUGGCUUCGACUACCGGCGCAGGCUCGGUCUCUGGUGGUCAUCGCUCCCAGGACCAAAAAAGACGCCGGGUCACUAGGGCUUGUGACAAUUGUCGACUUAAAAAAGUCAAAUGUGACGGAAAACAACCAUGUAUCCACUGUACGGUGUACUCGUACAGCUGUACGUAUGACAGGCCCAACAUUCGGAACAAGAAUGCUCCAGCGCCAGCGCUUGCGACGCCACAGUCAACUGCUUUGCUCCACCUGAUAGCCAUGAACAGAAUGCCUUCUGUGACUACCGUGAACGCCAACUUGGUAUUGGCACAGAACAUCAUGAAUUUGGUUUUCCCAAAAUUGCACCUUAACUUUUUGGAAGAUCAGCCUCAGCCCUUUGACUUCUCCAAGUUUCAGAAGGUAGUCAGCUACUUGCAACAGAAAAAUUCGGGAUCUCUCAACAUCCAGGACAUUACCGAAUUGUACCAAGACGGAAUUACUCCCAAUACUUCGCCGAUCAAUAAUCUCGAACAUCCUGUGGGCUCUACAGGCUCGACUGAUGAUAAUUUUGGAUACGAGCUCAAACUUAUGCUUCCUCCCAAGGAUAUUGCACUACAACUCAUUUUCACAACGUGGCAUAAGGCUUGUGUGUUGUUUCGUUUCUAUCACAGACCCUCCUUGCUCGAAGAAGUGGACCUCUUGUACAGCUUGGACCCUCAAAAUUAUACAGACAGGCAGCAGAAGUUUUUGCCUUUCAUGUACUCGAUCCUAGCGUGUGGGUCUCUUUUCUCCAAACAACCCUUCAACGACUCCAAGAACGAAUCUCUCGAAGACGACGGGUUCAAAUACUUUUUAGAAGCUAGAAAGUUGAUAGACAUCACUAAUGUGGGCGACAUUCCUUCCAUUCAGACUAUCGUCAUGAUGAUCCUCUACUUGCAGUGCUCGGCUAGAUUGUCCACCUGCUAUUCAUACAUUGGUAUUGCACUUCGAAGUGCAUUGAAGGAAGGUUUACACAGAAACCUUUCUAUUUUCCAGUCUUCCAAGAGAAAACUUGAUCCAAUAGAAGAGGACACCCGAAAGAGACUAUUCUACACGAUAUACAAGAUGGACAUUUAUAUCAAUUCGUUGUUGGGAUUGCCCCGCUCAAUCAGUGAAGACGAAUUUGAUCAAGAACUUCCUGCAGAUCUUGAUGACGAACUCGUUACAAGGACAGCUUACCUCUUCGAUAAACAAGAGGGCCGGUUGUCAUCAUCUGGAUGUGCCAACCACCACACAAAGUUGACAAUAAUUUUGUCACGAAUUGUCAAAGAAUUGUAUCCAAUCAAGAAGAAGAAGGAUAAUGGAAUGUCAACGGCUAUUCACGAUAAAGUCACCGAACUCGAGCGAGAACUAAAAAAUUGGCUCGAUAACCUCCCUGCGGAAUUAAAACCCACUGAUCCAAACGAUUCUGAAAGCGGUGCUCUGAUUCCUGAAAGGUUCAAGUUGGCCAACUACUACCUACACUUGUCCUUCUUGAACUGCCAAAUCAGUCUUUACAGACCCUUCAUUCAUUUCAUCAGUAAUGGAUAUCAAGCCACUCACUCUGAUCCUCGUUCUUUGAUUAGAGGUCGGAACUGUAUCAAAGUUGCUCGUAUGGUGGUGAAAUUAGCCAACAAGAUGAUUGACCAGAAUCUCUUAAUCGGAACCUACUGGUUUUCCAUGUACACUAUUUUCUUCUCCAUCGCGUGUUUGAUUUACUACUUCCAUUUUGCAAACUACAACAACCAGAAAAACAACCAGAUGGGUGUCAACUACGCCGGCGUGCUAUUCGAUGACGAUUUGAACAUAGAAAUGAUUCGGAAGGAUAUCGAGGUCGGUAGAAAGGUGUUAGAUAUAAUGAAGAAUAUGUCCAAUGCUUCUUUGCGUAUCUACAAUAUUUUGAAUAAUUUGUUCGAGCAGUUGAACAGGAGGACAGCAGAUACUUCAAUGAAAGCCAACUUAAUGUCUGGUUCAAAUACCAUUGAAGCUAACGAUGCUUCAGUUCAGUUGACCCUUCGCAAUUUCGACAACAUCAACGAAUUUAAGAAAGACGUGUCUAAUAAUGCUUCAAGAGAAGCUUUUGACUUUGUCCAGGAUGCUAUUGAAGAGAAGCGUGAUGCCGAGAAGCAACUUUAUGACCUCUUCUCUAAGAACAAUCAGAAUUCAAACUUCAACCCGUCUGGCACUGAUCUGUUCAAUGGACAGGCGACUGUUUCAGGAGCGAAAACUAGUCAUACCGUAGAAACAACUGAACCCAAUAAUUUGGGGGGUGUUGUUGCUCCGCUUGAUCUUGAACGUCCUGAGGUUGGCUCUCCGUUGAAUUACGUUCCAGGAGUAAUCGACAAACUUGAUACACAGAUCUUCGGUCGUAUUCUUCCUCCUUACAUGCUUGAGGAAAACAAAAGGCAAACUGGUAUGAAGCGUACAGAAGAUGAUCAAGUUAGUGUAGAUUCGGGUUUAGGAUUGGAUCUCGAGGGUAUGCAAAAUUUGGUGUUUGAUCCUAGUCUGUUUGACUCGUUAGACCCAUUUAACCUUGCCUAG